CUGCGCUCGAGGAGUCGAGCCUGGCCCGCUCCGCAGCGCGCCCUCGGCGGCGGCCCCGGCCUGAGGCGCGAGGAGCCGAGGCCGUGGCAGCCCGUGCAGGGAUGUCGGGGCGCUCGAAGGUGGUGCUGGGCCUCUCGGUGGUGCUGACGGCGGCCACCGUGGCGGGCGUGCAUCUGAAGCAGCGGCAGGACCAGCAGAGGCUUCGUGACGGAGUCAUCAGAGACAUUGAGAGGCAGAAUCGGAAAAAAGAAAAUAUUCGUCUUUUGGGAGAACAGAUUCUUCUGACUGAGCAACUUGAAGCAGAAAGAGAGAAGAUGGUGUUGGCAAAAGGGUCUCAAAAAACGUGA